UGUUCCGCCCCUGCCCGGCGCCUCUGAGCGCCCUCGGCUCCGCCGGAGCUGCGCGGAGAAAAGUGCGGAAGGAUACCGAAGAAGAGCGUGACAGAAGCUGUAGUUCCGGCCGCGGUCGGGCCUUGUUUCCCAAAAAUAGCGCGGCGCGGUAUCCGUGCGCCGGUGUCAGUGUCUCCUGAGGAGCCGCGGCGGGAGCGGAGCGAGCGGGGGAGCGGCGGUGCUUAUUAAGAAGAAGUAGGAACCGUUUCUCAAGCUGAAGACAAAGUAAAAGAAAACUGUAUCAUGUGUUAGAACACUGAAGAGGGACAUUUCUUGGAUUAGUUUAUUUCUGGAUUGCUAAGCAAAAGAAAGAAGAGGCGAAAAUGGGGAGAAAGAAAAUCCAGAUCACGAGAAUAAUGGAUGAGCGGAAUAGGCAGGUCACCUUUACAAAGAGGAAGUUUGGAUUAAUGAAGAAGGCCUAUGAGUUGAGUGUGCUCUGUGACUGUGAAAUAGCACUCAUCAUUUUUAACAGCUCUAACAAACUCUUUCAGUAUGCCAGCACUGACAUGGACAAAGUUCUACUAAAAUACACAGAAUACAACGAGCCCCACGAAAGCAGAACCAACUCAGAUAUCGUUGAGGCUCUGAACAAGAAGGAACACAGAGGGUGCGACAGCCCGGACCCUGACACUUCAUAUGUGCUCACGCCACAUACAGAAGAAAAAUAUAAAAAAAUUAAUGAAGAGUUUGAUAAUAUGAUGCGGAAUCAUAAAAUCGCACCCGGCUUGCCCGCCCAGAACUUCUCCAUGUCCGUGACGGUUCCGGUGUCCAAUCCCAACACUUUAACCUACAGCAACCCAGGGAGCUCCCUGGUGUCCCCAUCCCUGGCUGCCAGCUCCUCGCUCACGGACACGACCAUGCUGUCGCCGCCCCAGAGCACCCUGCACCGCAACGUGUCCCCCGGGGCGCCGCAGAGACCGCCCAGCGCCGGCAACGCAGGUGGAAUGCUGGGGACGGCUGAUCUCUCAGUGCCAAAUGGAGCUGGUACCAGUCCAGUGGGAAAUGGGUUUGUGAAUUCCCGAGCUUCACCGAGUCUACUUGGUACCGGUGGUGGUGGGAACGGCCUAGGCAAAGUCAUGCCUACAAAGUCCCCACCUCCACCAGGAGGAGGAAACCUUGGCAUGAACAACCGCAAACCCGACCUCCGUGUGGUCAUCCCACCCUCCAGCAAGGGCAUGAUGCCGCCACUGUCGGAGGAGGAUGAAUUGGAGUUGAACACCCAAAGGAUAAGCAGUUCUCAGUCCACGCAGCCCCUGGCCACCCCCGUGGUGUCGGUGACGACUCCGAGCCUGCCCCCGCAGGGACUCGUCUACUCGGCCAUGCCCACUGCCUACAACACUGAUUACUCCUUGACUAGCGCAGACCUGUCUGCCCUGCAGGGAUUUAACUCCCCAGGAAUGCUGUCCCUGGGGCAGGUGUCUGCCUGGCAGCAGCACCACCUCGGUCCCGCAGCCCUCAGCUCUCUUGUCACUGGCAGCCAGCUAUCUCAGGGUUCAAAUCUCUCCAUCAACACCAACCAAAACAUCAACAUCAAAUCUGAACCGAUCUCCCCUCCCCGGGACCGCGUCACCCCCUCCGGCUUCCCGCCGCAGCAGCCGCAGCCGCCGCCGCCGCCGCCGUCGCGCCAGGAGCUGGGGCGCUCCCCGGUCGACAGCCUGAGCAGCUCCAGCAGCUCCUACGACGGCAGCGACCGCGAGGAUCCGCGCAGCGACUUCCACUCGCCCGUGGUGCUGGGGCGAGCGCCCGCCGCAGAGGACCGCGAGAGCCCCUCGGUAAAACGAAUGAGGAUGGACACGUGGGUGACAUAAACCCGCCGUGCCGCCCUUGCAGUUUUGCGUUCUCAAAACGAACUGUCCUGACAUAUCUAAAUUUAUAAAUAAGGACGUGAAUAAGUAUAUUUAUAUGUAUAUACAUACGUGCAUAUAUAUAUCUUCACACGCAUAUAUAUGUGCUAGUGUGUGUAGCAUACACCGAUCAUCAGGCACUUACGACAAACUCUUGUAUAGCUGCAGAUGUCCCUUGGUAACAGUAACAGAACAAUCCCGUAGGUUUGAUCUCUAGUCUGGCACUUACCUGGACUGUGUGUAACCCCAGCCCGCGGCAGAGCGCUGUCCCCGCAGCGUCUCCUCCUCCUCCGCACCCACCCGAGCGAGGGCUUGCCUGUAGUACCGUCCCUGUGUGUAGUCAGCUCUAUGGUUACGCGUAGUUAAGAAAUAAUUGCUUUGUAGCAGCAGAGCAGUAGAAAAGCAGGAAGAAGAAAGCAAUACUGUACAUAAACUGACCUUUCUAUUACCCAACCUGGCAUGGGUCUCUAUUGCAGAGGGUGCAUGGAGAAGGGCUGAUGCUAUAAGAAAUAAAAUAAAACAAAAAAAAAACAACAAAAACCCUGUUUUGCACGUGCAAAAAAAAAAAAAAGUAAAAUAAGUGUAUUGGGUCAAAGAAGUGAUUUUUUUAAUGAGUGAAAGAGAGACGUAGAGAACUCGCAUGAAAUAUUCAGAAAAUAUUAGCCUAGAAAAUAGAACAUUAACAAAAUAAAAUUAAUAUAUUAAGUUAUAAUUGGAAUAUGUUUGACAAAUUUGUUUUUACGUUCAUACCUUUGGAAAAUAUAGAAACGGAUUUUAGCUCAUGUAUAUUUUAUAUUAAAGAAAACAAUACCCUAAUGAAUUGAAGACUAUAUAUAAAGUUAUAUACAGUACUUUUGAACACAUUCUGCUAUGAAUUAUUUAUAUAAGCCAAAGCUGUAUGUUGUAGCUUUUUUGUAGAGUAUAGUUUUAUCUUAUUUUGACUUUCUAGUUUUUGCUUUCAAAGAUGAAAAGGAAAAACUUGCAGGCGGAACCUUGGGGGAAAAAUAAGCCAUGAACACUUAUAUGUAAAUUUAAAUUUGAGCCAAACUCUUUGUGUAUAUAGCAUCCUAAAUAUAUUAUCACCUUUGGUGUAAGUACCUAUGUAUUGUACGGUCACCAGAUUAAAAAGUAUAUUUUUGUGGAUUGACGCCAACUUGAAACAAGGCGAGGUCCUUAUUAAGUAGAGUAUUCACUGUUUAAUAUUUACUAUUUUGUUAAAUAUACUGUACUUUCUUUGGAUUUUAAUUAUUAUUAAUAUUAUUAUCCAGAUUUUUCAGAGGGUGUAUAAAGGGGUUGGCCCCCUCACUGGUGGUGAAUGUGUGCCGUUCAAUUGUAAUCUCUGUGCUGUAUGGUUAAGCUUCAUUAUACAUUUUAUAUAUAUGUAUAUAAAUAGCAAAGUGGCAAAAAAAAAAAAUCCGGUGUUAAGUUCAUCCUGCAUAAAUAUAAAAAAAAUCUGUUACAACACAUUUUAAGGCAUCAUUUUAAAGCUGCCUCUUCUGAGGAGGAAAAAAAAAACCAGUGGAAAAACUUGACCUAAUUUCUCAUGAUAGGGAAAUGACACAUAUCAGAGGAGCACAAAAGGUUUUGUGAGUUGGCAAGUGGUUUGGGAAAAAUUUGCUGCUUCCGAGAGAGAGAGACAGAGGGAGGAAAGCAGAGCCCCUUGUGCCGCAGGACUGGGCUGGGAGCAGCUUUGGUGUUGGAUGCGGGGCCGUGGUCCCGCCGGUGCUCCGGGUCACCUCCAGCCUGGCGCUGCUGUUCUGGGUGGAAGCCGCAGAGCCCUGGGAUCGCCCAGACUCUCCAGAGUAUGCCCUGAUAUUUAUUACAUUUUUUGCUUGGGCUUUUUUUUUUUUUUUUUUUGCAGUUAGGAAAAUCCCUUGAUGCUGUAAGGGCGGGCUGAGAAGGGCGGUGUCCCUGUGGUACCUGUGGCCUCCAGCCCUGUCUCUGGCAGCGUUAAAACCCACAGGGGCUCCAGUCCCUUCCAGCCCGUCCCGUUUCCGUGGGUUCAUUCCACGUUCCCGUGGCUGCCGUGUCCCCAGUGGCCCAAUUCACUUGCUGCUCCCUGGAACCUUUUGCUGCUCUGACCAGUGAUGUGAGUUCCGUGAUUUAUGCACCUGUAUGAACUUUGCUGUACAUCCGAGUGGGAGUUCUGCAUUCACAUUUACUGUCUAUUUUCUUGUGUGCCUUAUCAGAUGGCUUUGCUGACUGUAUCUCAAUAGUCUUUAUUUCUAUGCAGGUUUUUAAACAGUACUUAACUACUGUUUUCUUAAAGACAAAGCUACACAAGGGUUAGAGUUUGUAUUGAAAUUGCACCAAUGAAUUAAAAAAAGAAAUAUUAAUAAAAAGAAUCAGUUCUAAAGAGCUGGGCCAGGGAGUGGCCCCGUGCUGCCCCAGCCCCGGCAGAAAUGUCCUUCCACAGCCCCCCCGGUCUCGGGGAGCACCUCCUGCCACCGAGGACAUGGGAAUCCUGGUUUUUAAUAACGAGUAACUCACUUUGAAACAUACUUUUUUAGAAAUUGUAAAAAUGUUUUAUAAAAAAAAAAAAAUGAUGACAUAGCACAGAUAUUUCAACAGGUUAAAAAAAAAAAAAAAAAAACUUUUUAAAAUUAUCUCUGCUGACUGAAAUGCAAGUGGAUCCAAUCCUGGGCUGAACCCAGUCAGGUUUGAAUGAUUUAAGAUUUUUAUCUCUGUUGUGACAAAUCACCUCCAUCCUCGAGCUCUCACGAUAGUUUUGAGAACGCCACGUUGUCAGGGACUCGUCAGAGAGAACUGCUUUAGCCUUGCCUUCCCUCCAAGGACACUAAUGCAUCAGAAACUUGCGAGUUACUGUGCGCACAAGAAAUACAUAGUAAAUAAGGAACAAAACAACUCCUAACAAUUGAUCCUGGGCAGAAGUUAAAUCCGAAUGUGAAAGAAAGACUUAACCAAUGUAAACAUUUAAAUCUUAGUAGAACCUUUCUUCACUUUGCUGUGCAAGAGAACACUGCUUUGCUAUAUUUAAAAUGGCUUUUUUAAAAGAGAUUUAUGUAUUUGGUAAAUGUUUGUAGUCAACAGUUCACAAGAAGCUGUUCACGGUUUAAUGCUGAUAAGCCGUUUGGCGGCACAAGCUGGACUUUGUUGCCAUCCUUGAGACGAAUCUUUUAAGAAAAAAAAUAAGUUAAUCUCAAUUUUUUUCCCUGAAUGUGUUGUUUUUUCUUCAAUAUACAAUAAAUAUUCUAGUGAACUUUUUAUCAAAUGGUUAAGAAAAUGCUAGAGGUUGUUGUAAAAUAUUUGUAUCCUGCAUUCACUAAAGUAAAGAUACUGGCUUUUACUGUGUA